GUGGGAUGAUCAUUCGACUACGUCUUCCAGACGGUUCAACGAAACGUGUGGAAGCAAAUGAUGAUAAAACCGUUUCUACGUUAUUGGACUUUCUCAAAGAAGACUGGCUACACAUACAGGCUUUUCGUAGUUUAAAAGACACUGAGGCCUUGAACCUUGAUGCUACUGUUGAGGAUCUGGGAUUGAAACAUGGAGAUAUGCUUUAUCUUAAGGGAAUCUCUGCAGGGGGAGGAGAUAUAGUGGAUUAUCCAAAGGAAACGGGAACUAGUGUCGUGGACAGGGACCAACAAAACAGUCCAUUCGAUUCACAGGGAAACGGUUUUCAACCAAAAUUAACUACUCGAUGUCUUCAUGGACCUCGUGGAAUGUGUGAACACUGCAUGCCGAAAGAAGACCCACAAGAGAGAUAUAGACGUGCCCUUGAACAGCUUCAUGGAUUGAGAGGAGGUUCCAUUGCUGCUUUGGAAGCCGCAGAAGCAAUGAAAUUUCACAUCAAAGCGCAAGAAGAAAGCUAUACUAAUUCUGUAUCGGUUGAUCACGCUGCAGCAUUUUCGUUUCAAGCCAAUCUCGUUAGCAUUGGUUUUCAGCAACAACGUUUAGGUUUUCUGUACGGCCGAAUUGAAGAUUCAUCCUUUGUAUUUGUAGAUUGUAUUUAUGAGCCCCCACAAAGUGGAACUUAUCAAAUAUACAAAUUGGAGUCUCCCGAAGAAAAUCCAGAUGCUGCAGAGUCGAAGAAGCGAGCAGACAAAUUGGCGUCAUUGUUGGGACUGGAGAAAGUUGGUUGGAUAUUUUCAUCCAAACCUCGAAAGUGUAUUUUUUCCGCUGUCGAUAUUUUGACUGCGUGUCAGUUUCAAUGCGAAGCGGAGGAAAUGCAUGGAAAGGAUGUUUCCAAGACAUUUGUAACAAUAACAGUCUCAGUAACUGAAGAAGGAAUGACACGGUUUGAGGCUUAUCAGAUAAGUGAUUUAUGUUUAGACAUGUACAAAGCCAGUGUUUUUGCUCCAGUUGAGCAACAGAAACCCAAUUCUGGCAAGAUUCGAACGAAGGAGGAGGUCAUUGUAGAGGGUGUCGAAUGCCGCUCUAUAGAUACUGACUUCUUUUUGGUCUCUGUACCUAUUAAAGAUCAUCAUUCAUGGUUGAAGAACAACAAUUUUCCUGUAGAGAAUAGGGAACAAGCACCCGUUCAACCUUCUGACUUAUCGAGUUGUCUUGGGAAGAGCCUUGACGAACCAUUUAUAAGACGAAUAUCAGAUUUUCAUCUCUUACUGUAUAUUAGCAACGUUUUAGAUAUGGAUGGAGAUAUGCCGUUGUUAUGCAACGCUGUUCGGGAACAGAGAGAGUUGACUGAUGAGGAAGAAGGAUAUCGGCUGAUGAUAGAAGCAAUAGCCAAUGCUGAUUCUCAAUGAAUAUUCCGUCAAAAUAGCUGUGAUAUUGGUUGCAUAGUGUUUACAAGUUUAUGUGUGAAAUAAAGCCAGACUACUAUAGAAUAAGUAUGAAAUAGAAGAAAAUGAGAUAUAUUUCA